CUUCUAACGGAACUGGUUUCACCGACGCAGCAUCACCUCGCCUCCUGCGCAUUAUCCACGGCAACGACUACUUCCAUUCAUCAAGAGAUCCCAUCUGCUCCUGAAAUAUUUGUGAUCCCUUUGUAGUCCGUGUGGAUCCAAAAGAUGGAGCGCUUGCUGUAUCUGUUGGUCCUCAGCUCACUGGCUCUAAAGGAGGCUGUUGGUGGCGAUGUGUGUGUGUCAGGCCAUGACAGUGGGCCUGUAUUUGAAGAACAGCCAAGCAGUGUAAUUUACCCAGAGGGCCUGACUGAAGGCAAGGUGACCCUGAGCUGUCAGGCCAGGGCCAGUCCAGCUGCUUCCUACAGGUGGCUUGUGAAUGGCACUGACGUCCCACUUGGUUUGGACCUCCGUUACACCCUGGUGGCUGGCAACCUGGUUAUCAGCAGCCCCGAGUCUGUUCGAGACACAGGCUCAUACCAGUGUUUGGCCAUAAACCGCUGUGGAACCAUCAUUAGUAGAGCAGCUAACCUCAAAUUUGGCUACCUCCAUGACUUUUCUCCAGACAGCAGGAGACCUCAGACGGCAUAUGAGGGCACAGGAACAUUCCUGGCCUGCCAGCCACCUCCACAUUACCCAGCUCUGUCCUACCGCUGGCUCAUCAAUGAGUUUCCCAAUUUCAUUAAGAAGGACGAUGGCCGCUGGUUUGUGUCACAGGUAACAGGGAACCUGUAUGUGGCUAAAGCAGAGCCAAACGACACAGGAAAUUACUUCUGCUUCACUACCAUCAACAUGGACAUCAGCACCAAGAGCACCUUCAGCAAGGCCAACCAACUCACUGUACUGCCUGAUGCCAAUCCCAGGAAAUCAGUUCCAAGCAUUAAAGUGCGCUUCCCAGCAGAAACCUAUGCCCUAGCAGGACACACCACCCAGUUAGAGUGCUUUGCCUAUGGAAAUCCAGUUCCAAAACUGCGAUGGAGGAAGGUGGAUGGACUGAUGCCAUCUAAGGUAGGAUCCUCUGCAGAGGGUCCCAUCCUCAUCCUGCCAGAGCUCCUCUUUGAUGAUGAGGGUGUUUAUGAGUGUGAAGCCUACAACUCAGAAGGAAGUGAUACAUACCAGGGACGCAUCAAUGUGCAAGCUCAGCCAGAGUGGUUGCAGGUGAUGAACGACUCAGAGGUGGAGAUCAGUUCAGAGCUGCACUGGACUUGUGUUGCUGCUGGUAAACCACGACCCUCCAUACACUGGCUACGCAAUGGACAGCCACUCAACACACAGGACAGGGUGGAGGUGAAUGUUGCACGUCUUAAGAUCAGUAACCUGGCCCUGGAGGAUUCUGGGAUGUACCAGUGUGUGGCUGAAAACAAGCAUGGCACCAUCUACUCCACUGCUGAGCUCAGAGUUCAAGUUCAGGCCCCAGACUUCAGGUUGAACCCAGUACGAAAACUGAUUCCAGCAGCUAGAGGUGGCCAGGUGAUGAUUGAGUGUCGCCCCCGAGCUGCCCCUAAGCCCAUCCUGUUCUGGAGCCGUGGGACAGAGCUGCUCACCAACAGCAGCAGAGUCACAGUAACUCCAGACGGAAUCCUGUGGAUUCACAAUAUCAGCAGGGCAGAUGAAGGGAAAUACACCUGUUUUGCUGAAAACUACCUGGGCAAAGCGAACAGCACUGGGCACCUGUCUGUCAGAGAUGCCACUAAAAUCACGCUGGCACCAUCUAAUGCUGACAUCAAUCAGGGGGAGAAUGUAACACUGCAGUGCCACGCCUCACAUGACCCCACCAUGGACCUGACCUUCACCUGGGCCCUCAAUGGGGUCCUGCUGGACCUGGAAGCCUCUGCUGGCCUAUAUCACCGGAUGGAAGGAAAGGAAAACACAGGCGAUCUGUUGAUUGUGAAUGCUCAGCUGAGUCAGGCAGGGAUAUACACUUGCACAGCUCAGACUGUGGUGGACAGCGCCUCAGCUUCAGCUAAACUAGUUGUUCGAGGCCCCCCGGGACCUCCUGGAGGUCUACUGGUAAGGAACGUUGCUGAGACAUCAGUAGAGCUCAGAUGGAGUCGUGGCUAUGAUAACCACAGUCCCAUUGGCAAAUACAUCAUCAUGGGGCGAUCAGCAUUGUCAUCAGAGUGGAAAAAGAUGAGGACAAACCCAGACAACAUUGAAGGGAAUGCAGAGUCAACUCGUGUGAUGGGACUGAUGCCCUGGAUGGAUUAUGAAUUCCAGGUCAUCGCCAGCAACAUUCUGGGCAGUGGAGAGCCCAGCAUGCCCUCACAUACCAUCCGCACACAGCAAGCAGCUCCUACAGUUGCCCCCAGUGGACUUGGAGGAGGAGGAGGAGACCACAAUGAACUCAUUAUUACCUGGACGCCCAUGGCCAGAGAGUACCAGAAUGGGGACGGCUUUGGCUAUAUCCUGGCAUUCAGGAAGAAAGGCACAUCAUCAUGGAAAGUGGUACGCAUUCCUCAUGUGGAGUCAUCUCGUUAUGUUUACUACAACAACAGCCUGGCACCAUACAGUCCCUUUGAGGUGAAAAUCAAAGCUUAUAACCACAGAGGAGAAGGACCUUUCAGCCAGAUUGCUGUAGUCCACUCUGCAGAGGAAGAGCCAACAGUGGGACCAUCAAACAUUAAUGCCACUGCACUCACUGCCUUUGAGAUCCAGGUUUCAUGGGAGCCUGUCCAGCAGCUCAGUGCCAAUGGCAUCCUCAGAGGAUAUGAGAUCCGGUACUGGCGACAGCAUGAACGGGAAGCAGCAGCAGACCGAGUGAGGACAGCAGGAUUAGAAACAACAGCUAGAGUGUCUGGACUUCGACCUAGCACUCGAUACCAUGUCGCUGUGCUGGCAUAUAACAGUGCUGGCACUGGGCCGCCCUCACCACGCACCACCGUCACCACCAGGAAACCACCUCCUAAUCGUCUUCCAGGCAAUGUGUCAUGGAAAGCAGAUGACUCAUGGGUAACAGUGAGGUGGGACCAUGUAACAGCCAUGCACAAUGAGUCAGCUGUACUGGGCUACAAAGUUCUCUACAAACAUGAUGGUGAGACGGCACUGAAAGUUCUGGACAAGGUGAAGACAUCAGUGAGCCUACCGCUGCCAAAAGAUAACGGCUAUGUUGUGUUGGAGAUUCGGUCUUGGGGAGAGGGCGGGGAUGGGCCGGCACAUGAGAUUAUUGUGUCCCGGGACUCAGGAACUGGUAUGAUGGUGCAGAAUGAGGCCUCCUCUAGCCUGUCCAGUCACCCUCUGCACCUCUUCACUUGCUUGGUUCUCCUUACUCUUAUGUCUUUGUCAGGCCUGUGAUAUCAGUCAGUGUUCGGUCUUUUUAUUUUUAAUAGCUUGAAACUUAAGCUCUCCUGUGUCUCAGCUUGUGUUUUGGAUCGGGGUGAGUUCUGAUGGUCAGGGGUUGGGGGUUUGUAGCACUACAGGGAUUAGAAGGGUGGGGCAGCAAAGUGGGGACUGUGUUGUCAUUUUUUAAUAAUAAAAAUAAAGAAUGUCUUGGUUUUUUUUUUUUAUAAAACCAACCAUGUCUGGAUGAAUUGAAGGGGGUUGGGCAGCCCAAUCUGAGGUCAGUGAAAUCCAUGCCUUACAGGGACCAUCACAUCUAUGGCUGACACGUAUUACACUAGCAUCCUCUGAACUGUAGCGGGUGGCACACAGGCUUCAGAUGUAAAUUAUUCAUAGAAUCAAUGAUGUGUGUAACCUGUGUAUAUACAGUAAGUGCUACAUGUUAUGGAGGCCUGCCUGUUCACACUGAGAGCAACCUGACUGAUGAAACAAAUCUGAGAGACUGUAGGUAAUAUGAGAAUAGCUCAUCAUGCAUUUUUCACUGCUUGGUAUUUCCUAUCAUAACUGUGUGAUUAGUGUUCCCUACAGCCUUUCAGGUCAGGAAAAUGCCUGUUGAAAUGACUGAAGUGACCAAAUAAUGCUGGAGAAAAAUAGGCGUAAUGGAAGACUAUUUUCAUCUUCUUUUCCUAAGUCUCAUAAUUUUUCUGUGGUGUUGGUUUGUAGUCAGGUUCACCAUACUGUCUUAACUGCACAGAGUUGUCAUAAAUUGGUCAUUUCAGUCUGAAUAACAUCUGUUCAUGAGGAGGUGUGUGCUCAUGAGCUUUGAUCACUGGCGUUAACAUUGCCCUCAACUGUUAUUUAAGGCCAUCUCUUGUGCUCGCAGUAGCCCUACUAUCAGAAAUUAGCUGCUACAAAUAUAAUAAGAUAUAUAAAUAUCUGACGUGAGAUUGGAGGGGAGAAAGUAAUUAUCAAAUAUUAAUAGAGCUGCCAAGGAUAUGUCAUAGGAGUGUUGUACUGUGACAAAUAAACAAGAAAUGGUUUGACAUGAUGCUAAAAUGUCCUGUUAAGCAAAGUGCCCCAUAACUGGGAUGGCAGGAGGUCAAGGAGAUGUGACAGCUAUGGAGAUGGAAUAAAGAAGGACUAGAACUGGGCACAGCAGCGUAGUGAUUGGCACUGUUGUCUCACAGCAAAAAGGUUCCAGGUUUGAGCUCUAGCCGACCCGGGGUUUGCAUGUUCUCCCUAUGCCUACGUGGGUUCUCUCCAGGUACUCCAGCUUCCUCCUACAGGUUGAUUCCGCCCACUUAGGUUGAUGGUGACUAAAUUGCCCAUAGGAGUGAGUGUGUGUGGUUGUUUGUCUCUGUCAACCCUGUGAUAGACUGGGGACCUGUCCAGGGUGUACCCCACUUCUUGCCCAAUGCCAGCUGGGACUGGCUCCAGUCCCCGCCCAGCCAUAUUCAGGAUUAAGCGGUAUAGAUAAUGCAUGGAUGGAUAGUACUGAACAAGUUUUAACAGAAUAGAUUGCUACACUGACUUACUGCAGUUGAAUCCAGCUGCUCUUAAACCAUGAAGUCUGCAUUUGUCAUGAAUUACAAUUAGACUUCAAGCUGCUGUUCAAGAUACUGUAUCUAGACCCACUUCCGAGCAGUACCAUCCAGUCUGAGCAACAGAAAGAAAUGUUAGCAUUGUUAGAAAUGUUUUUGUGACAGUGUUUGGAAGUAUUUGAAGUCCCACAGUAGUAUACAGUACAUGCAUCCCUCUGUUACUGUAUAUCAGGUGCACUUGCAACAAGUUGAAAACAAUAUUAUAAAAAAAAGACAUCACACUGAAUAAACACUCCAAAAACAGAUUUAUUGAAUUUAAGGUUUUAAUGAGACCUCUUUAUCACAUCAUAUUCAGUAAUAUUCAGUGACCAUGAAGCUCCAUAUACUUGACCUGGCUGAACACAGGUGUGAGGUCCAGGUCGAGCCUUACCAUCAUUUACAUCAGUAAAUCCAGUACACAUCACAUUUCUUAGUUUUCUACAGGCUCAGGGAUAGUAGUGAAAUAUCAGUGAGUGGGAUGUAAUCAGAUUCUGACAGUAAGUCUAACAGCAAACUCUACUCAGUUUAGUGAUAUGGUGAAUAUAAUAAAAUUAAUCCAUCUAAGAUUUGGUUCUAUAUAUUUGUACAUACAGAAAAGCCUCACUGUCAUUCAACACAGCAAUAAAAUGCAAAACACAAACAUGAGUAACUGGUUGUAGAUAAUAAUAAUCCUCUCAAGCCACUUCCAGAAUAAUUCAAGUUGACCAUUUCUGUUCCACAUGAUCAGUCUUGGUAACCCAAAUCUUACUGACACAACUGAACUUGUCAUGGUUUGUGCUGGCCUUGUUGCUCACAGUGUGAACACAAAAGAGGAGUCACUCACUGAAGCACUGAGGAGCUUUUUAUUGUUGAUUUUCCACUUCUCCUAAUGUCUGUAUGUUAGUUUAUGUUUUUGCCUCAGCUGUAAUAUAGCAAACUCCAGAACUGUGUCACUGGUCCAAAUGAAUGUUUCAUUUUCUACUUUUAAUGUCUCAUUUUGGGGGAAGUGAAAUCAGAUGGGCAAAUGAGUAUUUAAUUCACUGUUUACAUGUGUUGUGCCUGUUUUGUUUGAGUAGCUCAGCUAACACUGUAAAACUGCUUCUGUUUAGUGUUCAGUUGGUUUACUGCAGCUGCUUUUAAGCUGAUAGGUUGGUGUGAGAGGCAGCAGGCAUUAUA